AUGUCUCUCUCAAUCCGUGAAGCCUCACUCAAAGACGCGGCAAUCCUUACAGAAAUAUAUCUCGCAGCAUUUGAAAAAGAUGAGAUCUCACUGCAAGCAUUUCCACGCACAGAUAAAUCCUACAACUUCUGGUACGACGCCAUAAUUGAAGAAAUGGCAUCCUCAGAUUGGCACUUCAUCUGUUGUUAUCCCACUUCCGACACUUCUCAAACCCCAAUCGCCUACUCAAAGUGGAACUCUCCAACAGAUAAAAGACUUCCGGGACCAGAGGAUUUACCGCAAUGGCCAGAGGGUUCUGAUGCUGAGCUUGCGAAUCACUUUUUUGGGACGCUGGUGAGUAAGAGGAAGGAGAAUAUGGGGGAGAGGAAACAUUGGUACUUGGAGCUUUUGGCGACGAGACCGGAGUGGCAGGGAAAGGGUGCGGGGAGCAAGAUGUUGAAAUGGGGAUUGGGGAAAGCGGAUGAGGAGGGGUUGGAGGCUUAUCUUGAGGCUAGCCCGGCGGGGAAGAGGUUGUAUGAGAAGAUGGGGUUUAAGGAGAUUGGAAGGUUGGUGGUUCCGUCUAAGAAAGAGGGUGGUGAGGAUUUUGUGGAGUGUUUUAUGUUAAGGGAUGCGAGGAAGAAAAAUUGA